AAUAUGUGUUUUGCUACAAGAAGAUGGUUCUAUCUACAGUUGGGCUGCAUGAUGCUGAUCAAUCUGGUUAAUGCUGACUUUGAGUUUCAAAAAGGAGUGCUUGCCAGCAUCAGCCCAGGAAUCACCAAAGACAUUGAUCUCCAGUGCUGGAAAUCUUGCUCUUUGACAUUGAUAGAUCUCAAGGAACUCAAGAUAGAGCACAAUGUGGAUGCUUUUUGGAAUUUCAUGUUGUUCUUGCAAAAAUCUCAGCGGCCUGGACAUUAUAAUGUCUUCUUAAACAUAGCUCAGGAUUUCUGGGACAUGUAUGUAGACUGCUUGCUUUCAAGAUCUCAUGGAAUGGGCAGAAGACAGGCGAUGCCCCUCAAAUAUAAUUUUCCACAGAAAAUAACAGGAGGUAAUUUAAAUGUGUAUUUAAGAGAAUAGCAGUUUACUUUUCUUUAAAAGUCACUAUUUAAUUCUUCUGAUUUUUUUCAAGUUAUCCAACAAGGUAGCAAAUUUACCAUAUUUAGUUUUUUUCCCUAAAAUGAUAGGUUUUGAUUCUCAUUUUUACUCAUUUUAUAUUAUUUACAAACCACACAAGCUCUGACUUACAAUUUUAAAUGAUCUUGGAAUAUAAUACACUUCGGUAGAUAAUUAAAAUUAUCCUUGUUUGCCCAUGAAUAGUUCAUAAGAAAGCCAUUUAACCCUGUAAUUAUUCAUAUUACAUUUGUUGAAGAAAUUUUAAACAUCAGACAUGUAUUUAGGCUUUUGAAAUUAAUUUUUUCAAAAGGGUUGUAUAAAAGCAGGAAAUUUAAGAGUCAUAUUGGAAUGAAUAUUAACAAUUUCUUCUUUUAAAUCUUACAGGACUAGAUUUUACAAAAUGAGAGUAUUACAUUUAAGAGAAAACAUGUAAAAUACCUCAAGCAAGAUGACAGCGACCUGAAAACUUGUAUUUAUGAGGUCAAAUAUUUCUUGUCAUAGUUAUACAAAUUAUUUAAUACUGAUAAACGUUUUUUGUUGUAAUUGCCUUAUUGCUAUUGAAUUAUUCCAAUAUUUUCAGAUAACUUCUCAAUUUUUUACUUAGAAGGUGUCUUUUUAAAGUGUCUUUGUUUUAAAGAAAACAUCAGUUAAAAGGCAAAUGUGAUAUAUUUUUUAGAUACAAUAGUCAAUGGAAUAAAAUUGUAACCAAUUUUAUAAGGUAUCUUAUAUAUUAAUAUUGACUACUAAACUGUGCCAAAACUAAUGGCAGUAUUAUCCUAAAAAGUAAUAUUUAAUGUAGUAUAUUUUGUGGUUUCUGAAAUGUACAUUUCAUUACCAAGCCAUCUUCUAUAUUAAAGUAUUUUUCUAUGCAUUAAAGACUAAAACCUUUUUAUGUUCUCAUUUUUAUUGUCUUUGUUUUGAAAAAGGAACAAUAAACAAAGACAGUAAGAAACUUCAUUUCAGUAAAGUACAAUUUGAUAGAAUUUUUGUGUUAGCUGAGUUAUUUUUUAUAUUGCCUAUUUAUAUCUCACAUCUUAUUUCAAAAAGGAUGUGAAGCUUUAAAGAAAUAUACCGAAGAAAAGGAAAACAUGAAGUAGUGGAGGAAAUUGGAACAUUGGGACAUGAAGACAGGGAAGUAAUACAAUGGAGUUACGGUUUAGAUUAAUACUUUUUGAAUGCAUGUCGUAAAAGCCUAUACCUUUGAUAAAGGGUGCCUAUAAAUUUGGUCUGUUUCCCACUUCUCCUAGUGAAGAGGGACACAUGAACAGUUUCAAGAUUCACAUGCUUAUAAGAAAAACCAAACCAUAUGUUCAACAGAGGUCCAGCCUAUUCCAGGACAAAGAAUCAAUGAAAAUCUCACCCAUAGGUUUUCACAGUGGCUACCAUGGUUUACAACACUGGUUUCAAGUAUCCUUACAAUGACAGAUUCUCUCCUUUACAGUCUGAUUCCAGUACACUCAAACUCAAAUAUAAAAAGUUUUAAAAUCGGCUAAAAUAAUACUGAACAAGUAACGAACUGCCUGAUGGUUUGACUUGAUCCAAGAAUAAGCUGAAUUAAAGGAGGGACGUUCUUUGCAUUAUUGACCACUUUCAAAUUCUGAUGAUGUAUAGACCGUUUAUUAGGGGUUUUAUAUAUAAACACUCUUAAAAUUAUAUUUUGCAUGUAAUUUCAGGGGGCUGCAUAAACCCCAGGUUAGGAAUUUUCAAUAUUAAAGGACCUCAUAGCGUUCGGUAAUAUUAUUUCAUAUAACCAAUUUUGCAUGAGUAGCAGAUAAUAUAAGAUUGUAGGGCUAAUAAUUUCCUAGAUUGAAAACUUCUUAUCUUGCCAAUUAACGGUGGAUCCCUAAGCUCAGAAAAUCAACUGGUUGGAGGGUAGGGCUAAUUAAUGUUCUCAUAAAAAUGACCAGACAGCGUGUAAACAUGAGUGAUUUUAUGUCCAUUAAGCUUUUGAUUUGUGGAAUUUAUAUGACAAAUAAUUAG